AUGCCCCGCAACCACGGCGGCGGGGAGGAGGGCGGCUCCGCGGGGCUCUGGGUGAAGAGCGGCGCGGCGGCGGGCAUGAAGGAUGUGGAGUCGGGCCGGGGCAGGGCGCUGACGAGCUCGGCGGCCCGCGGCGACGGCCUGCUGCUCCUGGGCACCGGCGGCGCGGCCGCCCCCGCCGGGCUGCGGGAGGGCCGCCGCGGGAAGCACGGCGCCCGCAUGAGCCUGCUGGGGAAGCCGCUGUCGUACAGCAGCGGCCCGAGCUGCCGCAGGAACGCCAAGUACCGCCGGCUGCAGAACUACCUGUACAACGUACUGGAGCGACCCCGCGGAUGGGCCUUCGUCUAUCACGCCUUCGUUUUUCUCCUUGUGUUUGGUUGCUUGAUUUUGUCCGUGUUUUCUACUAUUCCCGAACACACAAAACUUGCCUCUGGUUGUCUCUUCAUUUUGGAAUUUGUCAUGAUUGUUGUCUUUGGUUUGGAAUUUAUUAUUCGUAUCUGGUCUGCUGGGUGCUGUUGUCGAUACCGAGGAUGGCAAGGAAGACUGCGCUUUGCAAGGAAACCAUUCUGUGUAAUAGACAUCAUUGUUCUCAUCGCUUCAAUAGCAGUUGUUUCUGCAAAAACUCAAGGUAACAUUUUUGCAACAUCAGCACUGAGAAGUCUUCGUUUCCUACAGAUCCUUCGUAUGGUGCGCAUGGACCGAAGAGGAGGCACUUGGAAAUUAUUAGGUUCUGUAGUUUAUGCACAUAGCAAGGAAUUAAUCACAGCCUGGUACAUAGGAUUUUUAGUACUCAUCUUUUCAUCUUUCCUGGUUUAUUUGGUGGAAAAAGAUGCGAAUACUGAAUUCUCCACAUAUGCAGAUGCUCUCUGGUGGGGCACAAUCACAUUGACAACCAUUGGCUAUGGAGACAAAACUCCUCUUACUUGGCUUGGAAGGUUGCUUUCUGCAGGAUUUGCUCUACUUGGUAUUUCUUUCUUUGCACUACCUGCUGGCAUCCUUGGCUCAGGAUUUGCAUUGAAAGUGCAGGAACAGCAUCGUCAGAAACACUUUGAGAAAAGAAGGAACCCAGCUGCAAGUCUAAUUCAGUGUGUAUGGCGUAGCUAUGCUGCUGAUGAGAAAUCGGUUUCCAUUGCUACCUGGAAGCCUCAUUUGAAGGCCUUGCAUACCUGCAGCCCUACAAAAAAAGAACAAGGGGAAUCUACUAGCAGUAAGCUUUGUAGUAAUAAACAGAAGCUCUUCAGGAUGUACACCCCUCGGAAACAUAGUCAAAAGCUAAGUUUUAAGGAGCGGGUCCGGAUGGCCAGUCCACGAGGUCAAAGUAUAAAAAACAGGCAAUCUUCAGUCGGAGAUCGCCGGUCACCAAGUGCUGACAUUGCCACCGAGGGCAGCCCAACCAAAGUCCAGAAGAGCUGGAGCUUCAAUGACCGAACCCGCUUCAGGCCCUCGCUGCGGCUGAAGAGCUCCCAGCCCAAACCCAUGGUCGAUGCUGACACCAGUCUUGGAACAGAUGAUGUUUAUGAUGACAAAGGGUGCCAGUGUGAUGUUUCUGUAGAAGAUCUCACCCCUGCUCUUAAAACUGUCAUUAGAGCUAUCAGAAUUAUGAAGUUUCAUGUUGCAAAGAGAAAGUUUAAGGAAACGCUUCGCCCAUAUGAUGUCAAAGAUGUCAUUGAACAGUAUUCAGCAGGUCAUCUGGACAUGUUAUGCAGGAUUAAGAGUCUUCAGUCACGUGUUGACCAAAUUCUUGGGAAAGGACAAAUCACAGCGGAUAAAAGAAGCAGAGAAAAGAAUCCUGCGGAGCAUGAGACAACUGAUGAUGUCAGUAUGUUAGGGCGGGUAGUCAAAGUGGAGAAACAGGUACAAUCCAUUGAGUCAAAAUUGGACUGUCUAUUAGAUAUUUAUCAACAAGUUUUGCGAAAAGGCUCUGCAUCUGCGCUCACUUUGGCUUCACUUCAAAUGCCAGCUUUCGAGUGUGAGCAGACUUCUGAUUAUCAGAGUCCAUCAGACAGCAAAGAUUUGUCUAAUUCUGCACAACUUAGUGGAUGUGUAUCUAGAUCAGCUAGUGCCAAUCUGCCUCGUGGCCUACAGCUUAUACUGACACCAAAUGAAUUUAGCACUCAGGCUUACUAUGCUUUUAGUCCAGCUAUGCAUAGUCAAGCAACACAAGUGCCAAAUGAUGGACCUGCAACAGUUAAUAAUGCAUCAAACCAAAUAAACCAGACAACUAAGCCAGCAACUCCGACAACAUUACAAAUACCACCUUUCUCAUCGAUGAAGCAUAUCAAUAGGCCUGAGCCCAUUCAUAUUAUUCCUGUAACCACACAGGAAAAUAUUUCUAAUGUCACCGCUUGCCUUGUUGCAUCAAAGGAUAAUGGACAAGUUGCACAGCCCAGUGCAACAAAGGAUCACACGUGGAGGAAAAGUCUGGAUACAGAAGGGGAACCUUUGCUCUCAGUUAAACCUGUGGUGCAGAUGGAUUUAGGAAAAUCUUUAUCUGUACAAAACCUUAUACAGUCAACAGAAGAACUGAAUAUACAGAUUGCUGGCAGUGACUCCAGUGGUUCCAGAGGUAGCCAAGAUGUAUACUCCAAAUGGAGGGAGUCAAAAUUAUUUAUAACGGAUGAAGAGUUGGAGACAGAGGCAGGGACAGAGACUACUGAAGCCAUCUCGCGCCCGUUAAUGGAAACAACUCUCUCUGCUGACUCUCUAAGGACUGGAAUAUCAAGAUCAUCUCAAAACAUCUGCAAGCCAGGGGAUGGUACAGAAGCACUCAAUCUGCUCCACGUCAAACUCAAAUAACUUCUGGCUUUCUUCACUGGCUGGAUCAUUCCUCUAGUCAUACAUAUCAUAGCAUGAACUGUUUUGAAAGCCUUUUAAUAAGAUAAAAUCACAAAAAUCAGGAUGAAUCUUCAAAGCAGUUGAAUGAGCCCAUAUUUCCUAGUUGCAUGAAAAUGCAUGUCUAAGCAAUGGCUAACAUCCAAAUUUACACCUACAGUACAGCAGCCUUUCAUGUAGUACAGUAGGUUUAAAUAAAGAGUUGCCUACAAAGCUAAUGCUGCAGGAUGUAUCAAAAAACAAAAAUUUGAGUAUUUAGACCUUGUGAUAUUUCUAUGGGGCAGAAGUAAAAAUCUUAAGGUUUAAAGCACUUUGCUUCUGAACUAAUUAAAUAUAUAUAUAUAAUGUCCUGAUUUAGAUGAUAGUUUAUGUUUACAACAAAAAGAUUAUCUACAGCUGCUAGCAAGGUACCAAGGAGAUGAAUAACAUGGGGUUAGAAAUGGCUGCCAGUCGCAAGAUACACACAUUAACUCAUCAGUAAUCAGUUAUUUUUAGCUCUGAAGAACAGUAUGUUAAUAUCUGAUUUUUGGUGAUUUAGUGCUGUGGCAGAAGUACCUGACACACCACUGUCACAUUGUUCUUUAUAACAAGAACUAUUUUGUUACAAAAAGGUUAUAUUUUAAGGAUUGGGUCUGGCCUUAGAAGUAGAUAAGGUGGGUGACUGCACUGAAAACUAAAGGGAAUCUCUCCUUCUUACAGUCUCAUUGAGAAGCUGACUUGUGAAUCUGAACCAUUUUGGCAGCAGUAGGUGAGGGAAGGAAGCAGGUGCUGCCUUUAUUGUAGAAGCAAUAUUUCCUUCUUGUGAAAAUUUUGGCAAUUUUCCUUGCAGUCCCAACCUGAUACUAUGACAGCACUUUCAUAAGGCUGGGCAAGAAGGGAAAAUGAGGAACUGAAAUACAGAGUAAAACUAAAGAGGACACAACAGAAGGGAGGAAGACAACACAAUCAAUGGGAAAAUAAAUAAUAAUAAUAAUAUGGAUUUAGAUGGUCAGGAAGGGAAGUCAUCCCAGAGAAUAAAACAAGAAAGGUAAAGAAGGAAAA